UUUCUUCAUCUGGCCGCCGACGAUCGGCACUUCCUUCGUGUCAAGUUACAUUGUAACUCCUAAAAAUUCGUACAAGCACGAUUAGAAAGAUGGCCAAGGAUGCCAGCAAGACCAGCAGCCCUGACCCCAAGGUCAGGAAAAGGCAGAUCAGUGAACGGAAGGAGGGGGCGGAGUCUAAGGAGAAUCCGCCCACGGCUGACAAGAAAGAAAGAGAGGACAGCAAAGAGUCUGCCAACCCACCAGAGCUGUCUGGCCCACCUGACAAGCCGAUCCACACUGAUCAGAGCUCCCUACUGAGUAACACCAGCGGCUUCAACAACUACCGAGGGUUCCUAAAUCUCUGCAUAGUACUCCUGGCUAUGUCAAGUGGACGGCUUGUUCUGGAGAAUCUGAUCAAAUAUGGCAUUUUAGUGGACCCAAUUUCAAUGCUGAAGAUUUUCCUUCGGAAUCCCUACAGCGUACCAAAUGCUACCCUGGUUGCAUUGAUCAAUGUCUUUGUGGUCAUCCAGUUUGCCUUGGAGAAGAUUGUAGCCAAGGGCAUAAUCAAAGAGACAGCUGCCAAGUUCCUCACCUUCAUCAACUUGGCGACACUCAUCAUUUUCCCGGUUGUGGUCAUCACUAUUGUUGAACCCCAACCGUUCGGUGCCGUUUGCGCCAGCGGAAUGUACACCAUCACGUUCCUGAAGAUGAUCUCUUACACGGCAGUCAACCGCUGGUGUCGCGAGGCACUGCAAGCCGAGAGAGCGGCCCGGAGACGCAUCUCAAAGACUGGGAAAGAUAAAGGCAGUAACUGGAAGCAGAAGAACAAGAAAGAAGUAAACAGCAACCAGGAAUCCAAAGAAACUGUGCAAACCCAAGAGAAUGGCUCUGUGACUGUCGAGCAAAGCAAGCUUGUCAAGUACCCAGACAAUCUCAAUUUCAAAGAUCUGUACUACUUUGCCUUUGCUCCCACCCUGUGCUAUGAGCUGAACUUCCCCAGAAGCCCCAGGAUUCGCAAGCGCUUCCUGUUGCGCCGCAUCAUUGAACUGUUGUUCUUGGUCCAUCUGAGCUUGGGACUCGUCCAGCAGUGGAUAGUGCCUACAGUCAUGAAUGCCAUAAAACCUUUUUCGGAAAUGGACCUCAAGAGAAUGGUGGAGCGGAUCCUCAAGUUAGCCGUUCCCAACCACUUCAUCUGGCUCAUGUUCUUCUACUUCUAUUUCCACUCCUUCCUGAACAUCAUGGCUGAGCUGCUUCGAUUCGCAGACAGGGAAUUCUACCGGGACUGGUGGAAUUCAGAGUCUGUUGGAUAUUUCUGGAGGAACUGGAACAUCCCAACGUACAGAUGGUGCUCAAGACACGUGUACAAACCAUUACUGAGGCACGGCUACAGCAAACUGACUGGACAGGUCACUGUGUUCUUCCUGUCGGCCAUAUUUCAUGAGUAUCUGCUGAGUGUGCCGCUGCACAUGUUCCGUUUGUGGGGCUUCAUGGGAAUGAUCCUGCAGAUCCCAUUGGCCGGUUUUGUCAGCACUUUCCUCCGAGGCUACACAGCCAAUAUGGCCGUCUGGCUGUCAAUCAUCAUUGGCCAACCCAUAGCCGUUCUCAUGUAUGUGCACGACUACUACGUCGUGCAUUACAUUGCCACCAAUGCGACCAUCACCUAGCUGAAAAGCAAAGAGCUUCUUUUGUUCUUCAAGGGAAACUUGUGAGUCACUGCUGAGCAGUGA